AUGACCGUCCAUCAUGCGUCGGCGCUACUCGUAGCGGCCAUGGCGGCUCUUCUCCUCUGCUCGGCACUGCCAGCGGCAGCGGACGCGUCCGUCAUGUUCCGCUCUUCCCGCCGCCUCACAACCUCCCCGAGCCUCGGUAUGUUCGCCCUUCCGCAAUCGUGGUUUCGUGGCGGAGCGACCGCCGGUGCGCAGGAGGAACGCUCGCUGAUCGAGCAGGCCAGCUCGGGCGCAGGCGGCACAGACGUCGGGCAAGGACCCACCGACGCCAGUGCCGGCGCAGGCGGCGCAAACGGCGCAGGCGAAGCACCCGCCAACGGUGGAGGCAGCGGCGGAGCGACAGACCAAGGCCCCACUGGCGGUGGUGCAGGCAGCGCAGGCGCUUCCGCUAACCAAGCCCCCCCCGACGCCGGCGCAGGCGGCGGACCCACUGGCGCCAGUGGCGCUGGUGGCGCAGGUGCCAGCCAAGGACCCGCCAACACCGGCGCAGAUGGUGCAGGCGUCGGGCAAGGCACCCCGUCCGACGCAGGCGAAGCAAGCGCCAACGGCGGAGUUGGUGGAGCGACAAACCAAGGGCCUACCGGCAACGCAGGCGGCGGAGGCGCCAACCAAGGACCCCCGGACGCUGGCGCAGGCUCUGGCGAAGGACCCGCUAACGCCGGCGCAGGAGCAGGCGCAGGAGCAGGCGCAGGCGCAGACGCCAACCAAAGGCCCACCGACGCUAGUCAGCCGGAUGCCGCCGUGGCGCAUGGCGGCGGGAGUCGCGCGGAGCCAUCGUCGGGAGUGCGCAUGCGGGACUUGGUGGUGUGGCGGGCCGCCAAGUUCCAACUGAAGGGGCGCGAAGCCCAGACGCACAUGGCGGCUGGCAAGGCCAAGGCGGCCGAGGCGCAUUUCCUCGCUUCGGCGCUGGAGAAUGCAACGGACGGGGAGGCUUGGUCCGGCCUGGCGCGCAGCUGCGUGGAUCAGAUGGCGUUGGUGGCGGAGAGCGUGGAGGAGGCAGCGGGGAUGAUCUCGAGCGGCGGCGAGGACGUGAAUCUGCCGCGCAUCCACCUCUCCAACGCCGUCACGCUCGCGCUCGACUGCGCCGAGGGAUUCGACCUCUUCGCGCCGGGCAGCUCCCGCGACCCGCGCGUCAAGGCGCUCCAGGAGGCAGCGAUGGAAGCUCGUGCGUCGGUGAUGGAGGCGCUGGGGCGAGGAGCGGACAUGGCGGCCAUGAUCGCAGCAGGCGACGACAGCGCUGCCGCUGCCGCCGUGCCCUCGCCCACUCGCCGCCGCCUGCUGCAAGCCACCGUCACUGGUACAGGCACAGCCGGUGCCAUCACGGUGGCAGACCCGCACAACUCCAUCCCCGAAACCAGCACUACCGGCAAUCCCGGCACCACUCCUGGCAAUCCCGGCAUCAUGCCUGGCGGCGGCAGCCCCACCUCAGCCAACAACACUGCUGGGGUCCCUGGCGUGCCCUUCAACACCACCGGCUGGAUGCACCCUGGCGGCCCCAGCCCUCCCCCGCCACCCUCCCCUCCCCCUUCUCCGCCUCCUUCUCCCCCUCCCUCUCCCCCUCCUCCUUCUCCCCCCCCUCCUUCCCCUCCUCCUUCUCCCCCUCCCCCUUCGCCUCCCCCUCCGUCUCCCCCUCCGCCUUCCCCUCCCCCUCCUUCACCUCCUCCCCCUUCCCCUCCCCCUCCCUCGCCGCCUCCAUCCCCUCCUCCGCCACCUCCCUCCCCUCCCCCUUCCCCGCCCCCAUCUCCUCCGCCGCCUCCCCCACCGCCCGCUCCGCGCAUCACCCCCACGGUCACCGUGGCACAGGACGGUUCAGGGAAUUUCCUCACCAUUCAGGCUGCGGUCACGGCUUACCCGAAGGGGUUCAAGGGGCGCUAUGUGGUGUUUAUCCAGCCGGGCUUUUACCGUGAGAAGGUGCUCGUUAACUCCACCUGCAAGAAUGUCACGUUGCUGGGGACCGGCGCCGCCUCCACUGUGAUCUCGUGGUAUGACAACGCCACUGCCGGCACCGGCACCUUCCAGACUCCCACUGUUGCUGUGGACGGUAGUGGCUUCGUGGCCAUCGGCAUUCGCUUUGAGAACACGGCAGGAAAGGCUGGGAACCAGGCAGUGGCAUUCAGGCUGACGGGCGACAACGGUGCCCUGUAUGAGUGCGAGUUCAUUGGAUGGCAGGACACGCUCUACGUGCACGGCGGGCGGCAGUACUACCGCAACUGCUAUGUGAACGGGUCGGUGGACUUUGUCUUUGGCAACGGCGCGGCUGUCCUGGACAACUGCACGUUUGACAUCCGCCCACACACCAACGCGCCACUCACGGCGUCGGGGCGAACCAACUACACGGAGAACACGGGCAUCGUGAUCCUCAACUCCGUCAUCAAAGGCGACCUCGUCAACAAGACGUACCUCGGCCGCCCCUGGAAGCCCUACGCGCGAGUGGCCAUUAUCAACACCACAAUCAGCAAUGUGCUGAAUACAAGUGGCUGGCUGGACUGGGGCGGUAUAGUGUACAGCACUUCUACUUUCAUCGAGCAAGGCAACAGUGGGCCGGGGUCUGUGGGGCCGCGCAUAGCAUGGGCAACGCCAGGCAUCGUGACGGACGCUGCCCAGGUCGCCAUGUACUACCCCAACACCUUCCUCGCCCCCUUCUCCUCCAUCGCCAACCUCAUUCCCUUUUCCUGGCUCUAG